AUGCUUGGAAUUAUAACCUACGCAAUAGUUACUAUUUUGUUCUUUGGUAAUAAUAUAUGUGGGUUGACUUCGAUGCUUUUACCUAAAUGGUUAGUUUUCGAAAGCCCAAGACCAUAUCGUACAAUAACAAAUUAUGGUUUAUUUAAGAAAUGUUCAAGUUUAAAUGAAGAAGGUUGUCGAGCAUUUCCAUUAGAUGAAUAUGGAGAUUGUGAUGAAGAUUUUUUUUGUCAAGAAUGGAAUGCAGCUAGUGUUGAUAUGAUACUUGCAAGUAUCGUAGGGGGUGUAACUCUUUUUUAUUUAAUUUACGUAUUAUUUGGAGAAACAACUCAACGUGAAGAUGCAUGGAAAUAUAUUACGGGAUCUAUCGUAUUAAUGUCAUUACUUCAAAUAUCAACAAUCUCAAUGAUCGCUCAUCUAUACAAUAAAUCUGAUAGAUUUUAUUAUGGUGUAAAAUUUGAUGUUAGUUUUAUGUUAGCUUCUGGUUCAGCAGCAUUUAAUUUUAUGUUGGCUUGUAUAAUAUUUAUAGUGGGAUAUAAAUCAAGUAAUGGUAAUGGUUAUGAACCUAUUGAAUAA